UAGCUGUCAUUUCCAAGAUGGUGGUUGAACGGAAGUUUGUAUAUUUKUUGUACUCAUUUAUCUAUGAUAAUAGGUUUUAAACCUCAAUAAAUUAGCUAAAAGAUGAACCAAUCUCAAGAUGAUGCAGUUAUUUCCACUAACGACGAUGCAACAGCUUGUAAAAGGUUUGCAGUUCACAUGGGAUAUUGGGAAGACAAAUACAUUCAAUACUUUGCUAAAGUUGGAGACAGAAAGACACCAGAAAUAAACCGAGGUUACUAUGCUCGUAUUAAGGGUAUCUUUUUCCUGUUGGAUCAGUUUCUCACCCUCACUGAUUCUCAGUGCCAGGUCGUUAGUUUUGGUGCUGGUUUUGACACUUUGUUUUGGCAACUCAAGGACAGAGGAUGUGCUCCUAAAGUAUUUGUAGAGGUGGAUUUUGGCAAUGUGACUGAAAGAAAAUGUCGUUGCAUAAGGUCAAGAAGACAGUUACAGGAAGUCUUCAAAACAGAAGACAACCUAAAAAUAGAGGAAAAGGAGAUUCAUUCAAACUGCUAUCAUCUGUUGGCUGCAGAUCUUAGAGAUGUUGAUGUCAUUGAAUCUAAAAUUACAUCUAUUGGAUUGGAUAGAAGCUUACCAACAGUGUUUAUAACUGAAUGUGUUCUGGUGUACAUGGAACCAAAUAAAUCUGCCACCCUCAUCAAUUGGGCAGGAAGUCAUUUCAAAACUGCACUGUUCUUAAACUACGAACAGGUUAACAUGCAAGACAGAUUUGGUCAUGUCAUGAUAGAAAACCUCAAGUGUAGAAACUGUACUCUCCUUGGAGCGUUAGGCUGUCCUGAUCUUCAGUCACAGAAGCAGAGAUUUCUGUCCAAUCAUUGGCAGUCAUCACAGGCGUACAGUAUGGAUGAAGUGUACAGAUAUCUACCAAGCCAAGAACUAUCCAGGAUUGAAAAGUUAGAGUUCYUAGAUGAAGUAGAUCUUCUUGACCAGUUAUUAUCGCACUACUGCAUCAGCUGGGCUUUCAAUGAUGACAAACAAAUAGGAUUAUCAAGUAUUGGAUUCUAAAGCUACGACARCCCAUCAUAUGUCGCAUCCAUGUGCAGAGACUAAAAUGUCUAUAAACUGAAUAGAGGCUAAAUAGAGGACAUUUGAAGAGAUUUUGCAUGGCUGAUUGCUUUGCGAUUUGCUACGCACACGAUGACCAGGAUAGUUUGAGCACGUGGUCACUGAACGCUGACCGCGCAAAAUGCUUAGUGCAGUUUUCGUAUGACUGUGAAAAGCUCAGUGCCGUAAGCGUGAGGUGCCGUGACGGUGAUACUUUCUAGAAUUUUAAUUGGCUGAUUUUUU